CUUCAGUUGCUCUUUUCGGUAGUAAUCUACUGAUGCUCGAAUCUGCAAAAAUCCGUGGGAUUAGGGUACGGGUAGAGCUCUGUCCCGUCGGUCGAUGUAGAAUUAUUCUCAAAUUUCCAAUUUGAUUGUUUAUCGCGAAACCAAGCAGAGGAAGUGCAUUUGAUUCGAAAAUGGGUAUUCUUGAGAAAAUCAACUCUAUCCAAGAGGAGCUAAAUCGGACGCAGAAGAAUAAAGCCACUGAGUACCAUAUCGGUUUACUGAAAGGCAAGCUUGCGCGAUACAGAGCACAACUUCUUGAACCCACACCAGGCGGCUCGUCAGGCGGAGGCCAGGGCUUUGAAGUACAAAAGAGCGGAGAUGCACGAAUAGCGCUUAUUGGUUUCCCGUCGGUGGGAAAAUCUAGUUUACUAUCAAAGAUCACAAAGACAAAGUCCGAGGUGGCUAGUUAUGCGUUCACGACCUUGACUUCGGUGCCGGGCGUGUUGGAGUAUAACGGAGCAGAGCUCCAAAUUCUUGAUCUUCCUGGUAUUAUCCAGGGUGCUAGUGAAGGUAAAGGUCGUGGUCGCCAGGUUAUCGCCACUGCAAAGACAUCAGAUUUGAUUCUCAUGAUUCUCGACGCCACAAAAGGCGGUGAUCAACGCGCGAUUCUCGAGCGCGAGUUGGAAGCGGUCGGUAUUAGGCUCAACAAGGAGCCUCCCAACAUUUACUUCAAGGUGAAGAAAGCCGGCGGGCUAAAGUUCAACUCUACCGCGCCACCAAAGCAUCUGGAUGAGAAGAUCGUCGGGAGUAUUUUGCGGGACUACAAGAUUCACAAUGCGGAGGUGUUGGUCCGUGACGAGAACUGCACGGUUGAGGAUUUUAUCGAUGUGAUCAAUGCAUCGCACAGAUCGUAUAUCAAGUGUCUGUAUGCGUACAACAAGAUUGAUUCUGUGUCGCUCGAAGAGGUUGAUAGAUUGGCUAGACAGCCAUACACCGUCGUCAUUAGUUGCGAAUUGGAUCUAGGUCUGGAUGAUCUGGUGGAAAGAAUCUGGGAGGAUCUCUCUCUAUUGCGGAUAUUCACCAAGCGCCGCGGUGAACAAGUCAAGUUCGAUGACCCGAUGGUCGUCCGAAGCAACUCGUCGGUCGAGAACGUAUGCGACUCGAUCCACCGAUCGAUCAAGGACAAAUUCAGAUACGCUUUAGUCUGGGGAGCUAGUGUGAAGUACAGUCCGCAAAAGUGCGGCCUGAGUCAUAUGGUUGCGGAUGAGGAUGUUGUUUCGAUAGUUACAAAAUAAUUGAGGUGGACUAUUAGUAUUAUUCUGUUAGUAUUAUUCUGGGUUUUGGAGGUGUUUUUCUUCACUGUGAAUGAAUCUUGGUAAUCUACUAUAUAACAGUCAACAAAAUUAUCAGCAAUAUUCAAUGC